AUGGUGGAUAUCCUGCUCAAUACUUCUUUCUUGGAUGAUAUGGGGGAUCAUUCAAAAAAGAAGUCGGGAAUCGCAAUGUGUGUGGGCUGUGGAAGUCAGAUACACGACCAGUACAUCUUGAGAGUCUCCCCGGACCUGGAGUGGCAUGCAGCCUGCCUGAAGUGUGCAGAAUGCAGCCAGUACCUGGACGAGACCUGCACUUGCUUUGUCAGAGAAGGAAAAACUUACUGUAAAAGAGAUUAUGCAAGGUUAUUUGGCAUCAAAUGUGCAAAGUGUAACAUGGGCUUCUGCAGCAGCGACCUGGUGAUGAGAGCUCGGGAUAAUGUGUAUCACAUGGAGUGUUUUCGGUGCUCGGUGUGCAGCCGACACCUGCUGCCCGGGGACGAGUUCUCUCUGCGGGACGACGAGCUGCUGUGUCGGGCCGAUCAUGGCCUGCUGGCGGAUCGGACCUCUGCAGGGAGCCCGAUGAGCCCGGGGAACAUCCACAACAUCCACAGCAGACAGCUGCACAGCUCAGAACCUGUUUCUGUCCGACAUCCUCCCCAUCACCGGAACCACGUCCACAAGCAGUCCGAGAAGACCACUCGGAUCCGGACGGUGCUGAACGAGAAGCAGCUCCACACCCUGAGGACCUGCUACAAUGCCAACCCUCGACCGGACGCCCUGAUGAAGGAGCAGCUGGUGGAGAUGACCGGCCUGAGCCCCAGGGUGAUCCGGGUCUGGUUCCAGAACAAGAGGUGCAAAGACAAGAAGAGGUCCAUCCUGAUGAAGCAGCUCCAGUCACAGGCCCACAGCGAGAAAACUAACCUGCAGGGCAUGACAGGCACACCUCUGGUGGCAGGUAGUCCCAUCCGGCACGACAACACGGUGCAGGGGAAUCCUGUGGAGGUGCAAACCUACCAGCCUCCCUGGAAAACCCUCAGCGACUUCGCCCUGCAGAGCGACCUGGACCAGCCUGCUUUCCAACAGCUGGUGUCUUUCUCUGAGUCGGGCUCUCUGGGCAACUCCUCGGGCAGUGAUGUGACCUCACUCUCGUCUCAGUUACCGGACACACCGAACAGCAUGGUGCCGAGUCCAGUCGACACGUGA